UCUCCCGACUAGCAGUCCAUGUUUAUAUUAGUGUAUAUUAGUCAAAGGUUAAAAUACACUGUAAAUUUCUUUAUUUUUUUUUAAUAUUUAAGAGCCAAAUUGCAAACUUCGUCCGCAUUGCGAACAAGUAUUGUGCGAGGAAUGAGAUAAAAUAAGGCUCUUGAAGAAACAUUAAUUUUCCAAGUCAGAAAAUUUGAACGAUAUGAGCGUAUGUAUCUAAAGUGCAGCCGAUUGCUGAAGGUGCGACAAGGAAAGAUAACUGUGCUAUCUUUUUCUCUCUCAUAUCAACUCGGAGUUUGUUAGUCUCACUGCUGCCGGACUUUAAAACAUCACACGUGAAGAGCAAGAUAUUUGAUUCUCGUUAUGAUGUAAAAAUACAGAAAAUAUUUUUACUCGAGUUUUUUUUUACAAGAUUUAAAAUGUUUCCUAUUGAUUUGACGAAAACGGCCGCACCGUCACCUGACGAUGAGGAUAAGAGAGUGUUUUUGAACGAUGCCGAAUUAGACAAGAUUGCUAUACACUUUGUUGGAAAUCUCCAACGCUUUAGAGAAAAUAUCAUAAUUCCCAGAAUGUUGGGGCCUGUACAGAUAAAAAGUAUUGAAGAAAAAAGGGUAGAAAGUGUGAUGGAAAGUUGCGCAUUUAAGAGCAUCAUGAGUUGUGUUAUUGGAUAUGGUUUGGGAGCAGCUAUUGGUCUAUUUUCUUCUAGUGUGAAUCCUAACAUAGCCAGCGUUGAAAAGCAACAAACCACGCGAGAAAUAUUCAGAGAGAUGAAGACCACGACACUCAGUUAUGCCAAAAACUUUGCAGUCGUCGGAUGUAUAUUUUCCGCCAUCGAAUGCACAAUAGAAUCGUACAGAGGUAAAACAGACUGGAAAAAUGGCACAUAUGCUGGAGGCGUAACAGGUGGUUUAAUUGGCUUAAGAGCCGGAAUUAAAGCGGGAAUAGUCGGCGCUGCGGGCUUUGCAGCAUUCUCCACGGCGAUAGAUUAUUACAUGCAUAAAUCUUGAAUCAUAUAAGUUAUAUAAACUUGUUGGAAAAUAUAUUUGUAUAAAAGUGUAAUAUAAAAAUUUACGCAAAAAAAUUGGUGCAAUCUGUGUGUACAACUUCGUAUAAAAACCUGGAGAAAUGUGUUUUACAUGUAAAAACUGCUCACAGAACUAUUCCUGUCACAGAAGCAUAAAAUAUAUAUUUUUUUAAUAUUGCUAUAUAUAUAUAUACUGUCUAAGCCUAAGAUAUCAAUAUUUAGUCUCAAAAAUUGUAAGUAUAUAAAAACAUUUUUCUUAUAUAAUUAUUAUAAAUCUGUGUAUAGUCGUCUUUCACGUAGUUUUUUUUUUUUUUUUUUUUUUUCAGAUUAUAUAAAAGCAAUUCGCAGGAAAACACUCUUGUCACGUGAAAUACACAUAGAAAGUUAUAAAGUCUUCAGUCGCAUUCAUCUUGAAAGGAUCCUAUCUACUCGCUGCCAUCUUGAAGUAUGACGUCAGAAGCGAUUGAAAAAUAUACGCGUUUUAAAGCCAUCUAAUUUUUGUUACACUAAAGUUUUUUUACCUUUAACGUGAAUGCUUGAAAACAACAAUCGGAUCAUAACGUGGGAUGACAUUGCGGAAGAACCAAUUUUUGGUUUUAGACGGCACGUACCAUAAUAACGUCGUAAUUCAAGACGGUUGCGAUAAUAUCCACGACUAUUUCUAUCGCGGUACAUCGAUCAUUUAUUUACGAAUAUCUAUAGAAAUACUUUACCUAUUUAUUACAUAUAUUUCACGGACUUACACAGAAGAGUCUAAAACAAGUCACAAAUUACGAAACUACAAAGCAAAGAAAAUCAAGUAUACAAAUGUAAUCUAAUCAUAAACUUUGGACUGCUUUCUUCAAAAAUGUAGUUUCGUAUUUUUGUACUUAUCUCUCUCUCUCUCUCUUCUUUUAGACUCCUUUAUAUAGUUAUAUUAUUUGAAGAAUAAUCAAGUAUAAAAAGAGUACAAACGCUUUUCAAUAAAAACAUUUAACUAUAAGUUCCUCCUAUUGAGUGAGUUGUAUCAACAGUCUCUAAAACUUUUGUCUCGAAUUAAAACUUAUUACAUGAGAUUCUUUAAAAAACCUUUAUCUGCACUUACAAACAUAUUGCUCAUAUGGAAGCGAUAAUUUCCUCUCGUGAGACUCCUGGAUUUUCGUUUUUUUUUUUUUUUUUCAACAGCAAAGCGAGGAAAAAAAUCGGUGUUUUGGUUGACGUCAGGAGCGAAAUUGUUCGUGUGUGUAUCGUUGCGUAGACAAAGUAUCACAAAAUAAAUGCAAAACGACAUAUUAAUCCUGCGCCAGCGAACCUCAGGAUCAGUUUUUGACGGUUCAGUCAGUCAGACACGUUUAGAAAAUAAAAACUUUUUUGGAAACAACAUAACCCUGAGUUCGUUGUCGGAGGUUUAACGAUAGCAACAUUUGUCGUUAGCAAUUAUAUAGAUUCGCCCGACAGAAGCCUUAACUAUUUAAUUAAAAUGUCUAUAACAAACUAUAUAUUCGCAAAGUGUUCGCAUAUUAAUACUAUGCUAAAAAACGGUUAUUUUUUUCAUUUCUUAUAUGUAUACAUAAUAUUUAUACAUGUUAUAGACGUAUAUAGAUUGCAAGGCACUUUCCGCGGAUUAUUUCUUUUUUUACUCUUCUUGGUUUUAUUCUAUUACAUCUUUUCGUUUGAUCUGAAAUAAGAGCUCUUUUUUUUUUUUUGUAUCAUAAGCUUAUUGUAUAAAAUAUUUGGUAUAUUUUUUCCUUUGAUAUGAGAAAUUACAUUUGCACAGUUAAAAUCUGAAUUUUAUAAAAAGAAGUUUCGACAUAUGAUUCUGAUAUUUACUUUUUUUUUAAUAAUCUUAUAAUCUUAA